AACAUAUUUAUAGGUAUUAUGCUAGAAAAAAUUAAAACCAACAUAGAAUCCUCGAAAAGACAGUAUGAAUCACCACGAAUAAAACAGUUCCAUGAAAAACUUAAACUGCAACCAAUACCAAAAGUAGGACCACGGGAGCGAUUCGUAGAUUUGGUAUUAGUGGAAACUGAUUUAAUAACUGGCGAAUUAAUAACAAAUAACGAGAAGGAGCCUACUAAAUGGGGAGACUGGCAAAAUGGUGGAAGAGUCAGCGAUUUUUGAAACGCCAAGUCACCAUUUCCUCUAUAAACUUUUGCAUGAUAUGUAUCUAAAAUAUUGAAACAAAUUUUCACUUUUGAAAUUCAAUGGAAUUUUCACUUCCGAUUUGUAUAAUCAAUUUGUUUGUAUCUACAUAAUUAUUAUACAAAGGAGAUAAAUCGGAUAUAACUCUCUCGGCUAUGUCAAUGCUAGGUGAAAUAGAGUAUAAACCAAGAUUAUUUCUUGAUAUGAUAAUAUAUAAAAUUAGUAAUGCUAUGUAAAAAAAAAAAAACGUAAAUAGCAUUCAAUGUGACGAAAUGAGAAUUUAAUUUAGUGAGAUAUAAUAAAUUAGAUUGUAACUAUACUAUAAUAUACGUAUUGUACGAAAGUGUGAAUCUGUUUUGGUAGAGCAUAAUACCCAGGAAAGUUUUCAGUUCCUAUGAAUUUAUUAGUAACGUUAUUCCAUAUUUGGUACUAUUAGUUUCAAGUCACUUUCUUCUAGAAAGUCUGGCACUAUGGUAGCCUACACACAAAAAGCCUACAUUAUUAUACAGAUUACUAGUACGUUACAUGUACAAAAAUAUGCAAUACACUAAUUGUAAGACUUUGUCAAAUACUGAGUAACGGAUGUUAGGAUAACAAACACUUUAUAUAUCAAAGCGAUUAAAUUUCUCGCUACUAAUGAAUAAUCCAUAAUGAAUAUAAAUUAAAUCGAUAGAUGCCAAA